AUGGCUAAGGAGAAGAUAGUGAAGGAUGAGUCUUCCUCGCCCUCGCUCCCCAAGAACGGAGCAACGGACGGCGAGGAGCAUGGUAAGUCUGCUUUGUUGUUCCCAAAGCUGCCGGACAAAGGCUGGGUCCGUCCUUUGGAGUACCGAAAGUCUGACCUCAAAGGCAAACCGCAUGAGCUGAAAGCCUCCUAUAUGACUCGCGCUGCUUGGGGCCAGGCCACUGGUGUUGAAGUCCCCAAGGCGUCGUGGUGCCGUACUUGUGCAUCGGGCGCCGGACCUUUCAUUUCCUGCGUGAUUGCAGACGAUGGCAAGAAGCUGUUGAGCCGGGGCGCCUGCAUGAGCUGCGCCUACUACGGACACAUGGACAAGUGUUCGUUCGUCGAUGAAAAUGGCAGCACCCCGCGCUUUAUCCUCAACCACGCCAUGCAGCUCGGCGGAAACAACAGCGCAGCCACUCCGAAGGAUGCUACUGAGUCCUCCCCGUCCCAGAAGCGCAAGGUUGCAUCGGUUCCUGCGACCCCCAGCAAGGCUCACAAGUCGUCCAAGACCACCACCCCCAAGUCAGCUAGCAAGGCUGCUGUUGUGAGCAAGGACAUGGACAACUACGACGAUAUUGAUGACCUCGCUGUUUUGCUUUCGGCUCUGGGUGAGCUGGAAGAUGAUAUGGCUGCCCUCAAGCUGCGUAUCAAGAAGCUCCAGCUGGAGAAGAAUGUAGAGGAGAUCCCGAGCGAUAUCGCUCCCUCUGUUUCGGUUAUUCCGUUUCCCCUCUUCAUCUUCCCAGCCUCCUUGACCAUCACAACCCACGCCAUUCACUCAUCCACUAUGUCGCAGGACAACCAAGGUAACUCUUACUCCUGCAAGGGCUCCGGCACCAAUAGCCAGGAAUGGCUCGUACUACUACUCCAAUCUAACGGAAGCACAUACUCCAACAACGGCCAGGGCGGCACUACAUACACCGCCCCUUCCUCGAAGAAGUGA